ACGCUCAAACGUAGUUCUCCAUUCACAUCAGCUGCGACUACUAUGGUGCACGCAGCCUUGUUGAUUUUGUCCUCGCUGGUCGCGGGGACACUCCAGUUUCAGCUGAAGCACCACAAUAACGAAGAACUUCUCCAAGUGCUUCAAGACGUCAACAGCAGGUGUCCGAACAUCACGAGGAUCUACACUCUGACUGAAACAUCUGUUCUGGGUACUCCGCUGUACUUGAUCGAGUUCUCCACGAAACCUGGACACCACGAAAUUAUGAAACCAGAAUUCAAAUACAUCGCCAACAUGCACGGUAACGAAGUCCUCGGAAGAGAACUCAUGCUAAAACUCGCCGAUUUCCUCUGCGAACAAUACAUGUCUGGCAACUCCAACAUCCAAUCUCUAAUCGAGAAAACCCGAAUUCACUUAAUGCCCACAAUGAACCCAGAUGGAUGGCAACUGGCAACUGACACGGGUGGUAAAGACUAUCUGAUAGGUCGAACCAACAACAAUUCCGUCGACCUCAACCGAAACUUCCCAAAUUUAAACCGAAUCAUGUACAGCAAUGAGGAGAACCACCUCGACCAUAAUAACCAUCUUCUAGCACAACUCACACGACUGAAAGAACCGCUUCAGCCUGAAACUAAAGCCGUUAUCAGGCUCAUCAUGCAAAUUCCUUUCGUGCUUUCUGCGAAUCUUCAUGGGGGAGAUUUGGUCGCUAAUUAUCCGUAUGAUGAGAGCAGGACGGGGAGUCAGAAGGACGAGUAUUCGGGGACGCCGGACGACGAAACGUUCAAACAUUUGGCUCUGGCUUAUUCUACGCACCAUUCCGAUAUGGCAAACCCCACCAGAAGAGGGUGUGGCGAUGUCGAUAGCAACCGGUUUGGUAAACAAGGGGGUAUCACAAAUGGGGCGAAAUGGUACAGUCUUGCCGGGGGGAUGCAGGACUUCAACUAUCUCUCCAGCAACGAUUUCGAAAUUACCCUGGAGCUUGGCUGUGACAAGUACCCCCCCACCAAAGUUCUUCAACAAGAAUGGGACCGAAAUAAAGAAGCAUUACUUAAUUAUAUGUGGCAGAGUCACAUCGGGGUUAAAGGAAUCGUGUACGACAACGUUGCCAAGCGUGGAAUUGCGAACGCCGUCAUCCAUGUCAAAAACAUAACGAAUGGAAAGUACCAAGAUAUACAACACGACGUCGUAUCAGUUCAUGAUGGAGAUUAUUUCCGCCUGCUCACUCCUGGAAAGUACAAAAUUACGGCGUACAAGGACGGGUACUUACCCCACUCUCGAAUCGUCACUGUCACCAAUCCAGCGCACUCUUCGGCCCAGAGGGUGGAUUUCGCACUGAAGCCAAUUUCGGUUCCGCCGUACGUGAGAAUUCAGUCCAACAGUUACGCCGACCUGGACUUCGAUGAUAAGUACGGCGACCUUCAGGAGGCUUGGACCAACUGGAUAAACUUGAAUAGGGAACCAAUCGCAGUUCAAUAACUUUUAUUGAUUAUUAGGAGUUGGUUUAUUAUGUUUUCGAAACGUCUACAAGUGUUACAAAAAUGCAAUUGUAUAAUUAAUUUGAUCUUCCCAAAUAGAGAUUUAUAUGAUGAAGAGUAGAGUUUAUUUUCUGUUAUGUCUACAAAAUUGUAAAAAUUAGUUUAAUGUACUGUGAUCAUUUAAAUAAAAUUUUAAGGUCUGUA